CGGACAGCCUCCACCUUCACAUGGUUGAACAGCGUGUCGAGGAACCGGCAAAAUCUCAAUUCAAUGGUGUCCCAAACACAAAUCCGACAGUAUUACAGAGCGCGCGCGAAGGCACGUCCACAUUCCGACCCCAAGCCGUCCGUCAUAUUCUUUGAGAUCGACAGCCGACUCCGUGACGAUACCUCGGCUUCAAAAAAACCUGCAAAAGGCAAGUUUAAGGCUGCGAAUACCAACUUACCGGCAGGCGAUGGGGACGUUGAUGACGGUAUGAUGCACCCGUGGCUCGACGACAAGCUGGAUCACUGCGGCAGCGCGGCGAUGUUCGACGUCGAGUGUUACGUUGAUCUGGACCGGUCGGAGUUGCUGGGUAUGUUAUCCAGCGAUCCUGUUGACCCGGAGGAGGAGAUCGAGGCGCACCCGGCGGCUGGGACCUCGGCGCCGUCGCGAAAGGGUGGACCUGCCUCAGAGCCAGCCAAGAAGUCGGACGAACCGGUGGACUGGACGUUCAAAUUGACUCUAUAAGCUCUCUGUAGUUAUGUUUUAAACGUAAUAAACCGUUUUUUACACGCUC